CGUGAGUCGAGGAAGUGGGUUGAAGAGGAAACUUCGGCGGCGGUGAGGAGUUCGUUGUUUAUUCCCCGCUCAUACAGGAUUAAACCACCGAGAGACUUUAGGAAAAAUGUCGGCGUUUGAUGACAACCCCUUCGCGGAGUCGUCUGGCGUCAACCCUUUCAAUGACCCAGCUGUCACACAAGUGACAAAUUCCAGUAUUGAGCCUAGUCAGUACAACCCUUUCCCUGCCACAAGCCUGGCUAGUCAGACCACUGCAGCGUCCACUUCCCCUUAUCAACCUGCAGUGCUGCAGCCAUCUACAGAGCCCACUCCACAGGCAACCGCCGCUGCAGCACAGGCCAACCUGCUGAGGCAGCAAGAAGAGCUGGAAAGGAAAGCUGCCGAGCUGGACCGCAGAGAGCAGGAGCUGCAGAACCGAGGCUCCUCAGGUAAAGAAAACAACUGGCCCCCACUUCCCAAGAGUUUCCCUAUCAAGCCGUGUUUCUAUCAGGACUUCUCUGAGGAAAUCCCCACUGAGUAUCAGAGGGUGUGCAAGAUGAUGUACUACCUCUGGAUGUUCAACUGUGUGACACUCUUCCUCAACAUGCUGGCAUGCCUGGCCUACUUCACCACGUCAGCUUCUUACGGUGUCGAUUUUGGCCUCUCCAUCCUUUGGCUCAUCCUCUUCGCUCCCUGCUCCUUCCUCUGCUGGUAUCGGCCGGUCUACAAGGCCUUCAAGUCCGACAGCUCCUUCAGCUUCUUCUUCUUCUUCUUUGUCUUCUUCUGCCAAGUGGCCAUCUUCAUCAUCCAGGCAGUGGGUAUCCCCAGGUGGGGCAACAGCGGUUGGAUCGCCGCCUUCUCGGUCAUCAACACAUCCAAAGCGGUGGGCGCCAUCAUGAUCAUAGUGGCCAUCCUCUUCACCAUUUGCGCCGUCAUGUCCGUCAUCCUCCUCAAGAUGGUUCACGGCAUGUACCGCCGAACCGGGGCCAGCUUCCAUAAGGCCCAGCAGGAGUUCUCGCAAGGCAUUUUCACCAAUAAAACAUUCCAAACUGCCGCCGCCAACGCAGCAGCGUCUGCAGCACAAGGAUCUUUCCAGGCAAACAACUAGCAGGAGCUACGCUAACUGUUCAGGUCAUGGUAUUUACAUUAUAAGGUUGGGGGUUGACUUAAAGUGAGCAGGCCGGCGUCCAACCUUUUAAUGCGUCGACCUUGAGCAAGGAGAAGAUGCACUCGCAGACACCCACCUAUAGAUGACAUCAUCUGGAGGAGUGAGAACCACACCAGGUGCAUUGUGGGUAGAGCGCGAGAGACGUUGACUGAUGGCUCAUUUCACUCGGUCUUGGCUUUGUAUAUUUUGUGUGCACUUUUUUGGCUACGCUCGUCAAUUUAUAUUGUGCGUGGCUUUUUUUUUUUCUGCAUGUGUGAGAUUCUUUACAUGACGGUUUUUCUUUUGUGUGUCAUUGUUUGGCAAUUGGAAAUUUAGUUUUUGUUGACAAAUGGCAAAAUAUAGCAAUCAUAUUCGGACUUAAAUUACUCAGUUAAGAUGGUCUAGUCGACUUUUCCUGAUGUUUGCUUACAAAAACCUAUUAUUUGAAAACAAGUUUGUGCGUGUAGACUUUUUCUACCCACAGUAGAUGCCUUACUUUUCCCAAGACGAAAAACAAUACAAUGCAAAACUGUUAGAACCUCACGGCAACGACAAUGAUUUAUUAUCUUUUGCAGGAAUCUAAACCUGAUGUUACUCCCAACAGAACAUGAAGAUGUUGUCACUUCCCCUUUUGAUUUCAAAUUCCAAAAAAUGUUUUGUAAGGAUGUAUAUUUUCAGCGCGCCUUUGUUUAUUAUGAUGACAUAUCAGCUCUGUGAUUGUAGACGAAUUAGAAAUGUUUUUGCAUCAGAUGAAUCUCUAGAAUUAAUUUAACAUUUGAUCCAGCAGCCAAAUGGUAGGACAACAAAUAUGCAUUUUCUCAAUUUAUACUGUGUCUAAAGAAGUCAGUUGCUUUUGGUAUGAAAAUAUUUAAUGUAGCGUCUAAUAAUAAAAAUGCUUUGCUUUCAA